AUGCCGCAGCCUGCUAAAACUUUAACCACUGAUGAACAGGUUUUGCUUUAUUGUCCCUCUUCUUUAUCCUCCACUUGCCCCUUCAACUUUAGGAAACUAGCAGGAUGCACUCUCUUCAUCACGGGCGCAAGCCGAGGCAUUGGCAAAGCCAUUGCUUUGAAAGCUGCCAAGGAUGGUGCAAACAUUGUGAUAGCUGCUAAGACAGCCGAGCCUCAUCCUACUCUUCCAGGGACUAUCUACACUGCUGCAGCAGAGAUUGAAGCAGCUGGAGGAAAGGCCUUGCCAUGCAUCGUUAAUGUGAGGGAAGAACAGCAAAUUAUUAAUGCUGUGGAGAAAGCUGUGAAGACUUUUGGAGGGAUUGAUAUUUUGGUGAACAAUGCAAGCGCCAUCUCUUUGACUGGCACUUUGGAAACGGAAACGAAGAAGGUCAAUCUGAUGAUGGAUGUCAAUGUACGAGGAACCUACCUUACGUCUAAAACAUGCCUUCCCUACUUGAGGAAGAGUAGGAACCCCCAUAUCCUGAACCUCAGCCCACCUAUGAAUCUGAAUCCCAUGUGGUUCAAAAAUCAUUGUGCUUAUACCAUUAGUAAAUAUGGGAUGUCCAUGUGUGUAUUGGGAAUGGCAGAAGAAUUUAGAGGAGAAGUUGCUGUCAAUGCUUUAUGGCCUAAAACAGCCAUACAUACAGCUGCUAUGGAUAUGCUGGGAGGAUCUGGAAUAGAAAAACAGUGCAGGAAGACGGACAUCCUUGCAGACGCUGCAUACUGCAUUUUAACAAAACCAAAAAGUUUCACUGGGAACUUCAUUAUUGAUGAAGUUCUGCUGAAAGAAGAAGGAGUUAAAGAUUUUGAUGUCUAUGCAAUUGCACCAGGUCACCCCCUGAUGCCUGACUUCUUCUUGGAUGUUGAAACUGACAUGACAGACAGGAAACAAGAAAAUAGGGAAAGCACUCCGCCGAGUCCCGUUGCAGAGACGUUCCGAGUUAUCCAGGGGGCAGUGAGUGUGGAGCACGUGAGGAGUACGCAGGGUGUCUUCCAGUUUGAGCUGUCUGGUGACGAAGGUGGCACGUGGUAUAUUGACCUGAAAACCGAAGGCGGGAGCGCUGGUUUCGGAAAGCCCCCCGUGACGGCCGAUGUGGUUAUGAGCAUGUCGAGUGCCGACUUUGUCAAAAUGUUCACAGGUAAACUAAAGCCAACCCUGGCCUUCAUGUCAGGAAAAUUAAGGAUUAAAGGUAACAUGGCACUAGCAAUAAAGCUCGAGAAGAUGCUCACACAACUUAACUCUAAGCUGUGA